UCGGAAGUGAUUGGCACUGAAGCACAGCUCCUCCUGGCACCCUGGUUGCCUGUGCUGGGCUGGAUGUUCAAAGACAGGGUCUCCUCUACACAUCAUGCAACUGAUGCUACAUGGAGUAAAUGGGCUGCACUAAUUACACAAUGAACUCGAAUAGGAAAUCUCAGUCGUCCAGGCAUUCUGGAAGUCAUCAUGGACUGGCCAGAGGGCAAAGAUUUCGGAAUGUCACCAGAAGAGGAGGUGGUGUGUGCUGAAGAGGCCCCACCAUAUAAUAAACUGUCAGAAAGUGAAAAGCAGUGUGCCUUGUUUACUGAUGGGUCCUGCCGUACUGUGGGAAAGCAUCGGAGAUGGAAGGCAGCUGUAUGGAGUCCUGGACGACAAGUUGCAGAAACUGCUGAAGGAGAGGGUGAAUCGAGUCAGUUUGCUGAGGUGAAAGCCAUCCAGCUGGCCCUGGACAUUGCUGAACAAGAAAAGUGGCCAGUACUUUAUCUCUAUACUGACUCAUGGAUGGUGGCAAAUGCCCUGUGGGGGUGGUUGAAGCAGUGGAAGCAGAGCAACUGGCAAUGCAGAGGUAAACCCAUCUGGGCUGCUGCACUGUGGAAAGAUAUUGCUGCCAGGGUGCAGAACCUGGUGGUGAAGGUACGUCAUGUAGAUGCCCAUGUACCCAAGAGUCGGGCCACUGAGGAACACCAGAACAACCAACAAGUGGAUAAAGCGGCUAAGAUUGAAGUGGCUCAGAUGGACUUAGAUUGGCAACAUAAAGGUGAAUUAUUUUUGGCCCAGUGGGCCCAUGACACUUCAGGCCAUCAGGGCAGAGAUGCAACAUACAGAUGGGCCCGUGACCGAGGGGUGGACUUAACAAUGGACACUAUUGCCCAGGUUAUUCAUGAGUGUGAAACAUGUGCUGCAAUUAAACAAGCCAAGCGGUUAAAGCCUCUUUGGUAUGGAGGACGAUGGUUGAAGUAUAAAUAUGGGGAGGCCUGGCAGAUUGACUAUAUCACACUGCCACCAACCCGCCAAGGCAAGCGCCAUGUGCUUACCAUGGUGGAAGCAACCACCGGGUGGCUGGAAACAUACGCUGUGCCCCAUGCCACUGCCCGGAACACCAUCCUGGGCCUUGAGAAACAGAUUUUGUGGCGACACGGCACCCCAGAGAGAAUUGAGUCAGACAAGGGGACUCAUUUCCGGAAUAACCUUAUAGAUAUUUGGGCCAAAGAGCAUGGCAUUGAGUGGGUAUAUCACAUCCCCUACCAUGCACCAGCCUCUGGGAAAAUCGAACGGUACAAUGGGCUGUUAAAAACUACACUGAGAGCAAUGGGUGGGGGAACUUUCAAGCAUUGGGAUACACGCUUACCAAAGGCCACCUGGUUGGUCAACACCAGAGGAUCUCUCAACAGGGCUGGCCCAGCCCAUCACAACUUUUACAUACUGUAGAGAGAGAUAAAGUUCCUGUGGUGCACAUAAAGAAUUUGCUGGGGAAAACACUCUGUGUGAUUUCUUCUUCAGCAAAGACAAAAUCACUCAUAGGAUUGCUUUUGCUCAGGGACCUGGAUACACCUGGAGGGAGGAUGUGGGAAGUACAGUUUGUAUCUCAAGGAGAUUUGAUUCUGGGUGAAAAUGGCCAGCCAAUUGAACUGUAUGAUGACGUAUAACAUUUGAUAUUAUCACUUCCAUGGCCGCUAUACACCCAUCACUGCGCUGAGCACCUCGUGGCACCCAUCUCCAUCGUUCCAGAUUUGCGAAUCUGAACCUGACACCCUUUUGAUCACCACAUUAACAAAGAAUGAACUUUGACAAAACUGGGGAAGGGCAGCUGUAAGGGAAUGGGAGUGAGCUUCAGCAUGCAACAACCCAACACCACACAUCAUUCAUCUUGUCUGUCCAGAGAGACUGUUACAACAGAUGGAGCCCCAAGUCAUGGUCUGAAUGAACUCAGCAAACAUUUGUAGAGAUGGUCCGUAGACUAGGGAAAUGAUAUCUGUGUGUAUAUAUAUCUAUCAAAAGACAGGAAAAGUGAUGGUGGGAAGUGUCAUACCUGUCAUGAUGUGAAUGAUAUUGAAUAAGGUAUGGAUACUGUCCAGGUUUUUCGUUAGUAUAGAGUCAAUUUUCUCCCUAGUAGCUGGUGCAGUGCUGUGUUUUGGCUUUAGUCUGAGAACAAUGAUGAUAAUGCACUGAUGUUUUAGUUGUUGCUAAGUAAUGCUUACCCUGACCAAGGACUUUUCAGUCUCUCAUGCUCUGCCAAAAAGGAGGGGCUCAAGAAGCCAGGAUGGAGCAGAGACAAGACACUUGACCCAAACUAGCCAAAGGGAUAUUCCAUACCACAGCACAUCAUGCCCAGUAUAUAAACUGGGGGUAGUCACCCAGAAGGGCAGAUCACUGUUAGUCUGGCUAUUGGUUGGCAGGUGAUGAGCAAUUGUAUUGUGCAUCACUUGUGUUCAUUGUUUUUUUUUUCCUUUCCUCUCUUAGUUUUAUAUACUCUCCUCUUGUUAUUUCCCUUAACAUUCUUAUUAUUAGUAAUAGUAGUAGUAGUAAUAUAUUGUACUUUAGUUAUUAAAUUGGUCUUAUCUCAACCCAUGGGGUUUACAUUCUUUCAAUUAUCUGAUACCUGUCAGCAAUCACAUUUUAAGCUAUUUUUUUCAUCUACCACAGAUAUGAAGUGAUGAAAAGUAGGAGGAAAUUUUUGGUUUUGUAAAUGGCUGUGAGCAACAUUUAGAGCAUGUUGUGCUGAAGGAUGUAGCAACAUAAUUUGAAGGCAACAAAUAGAUUUAUGAGAAAA